AUGUCGAUGGGACUUGUCCUCCCCUUCCAUCUCUUCCAUCACACAUCUGGAUGGCGUUACAGAGAUCUUGUGGGACGAAAGAGGCCAAGCCAUCAUAAUAGCAAAGUCAGCCGCAGCACAGACUUCCAACUGUUGAGCCGUUCUCGACCUCAAUGUGGCGAGUGGUGGCUACCGUUAUUGGCUGGAUAA